AUGUCAGAUUCACCAUCACCUACUCUCCUUCCAGAGAUCAUCCUCCUCAUCGUUCCGCUGCUGGGUCAAUCAGACCUGGCACAAUGUGCUCGCAUCAACAAAACCUGGCACGACUGCUGCACCCCUCUCCUCUGGAAAGUCGUUCAAAUCUUCCGACGCAAACACGCUGACUGCCUCGACAAUCCUGAGGGCCUCGCAAGUCUCGUUCGCAACGCACACUACACUCACACCUUUGAGACCAGUCGUGCCAGCGUCGCCAAGAGUUUCGCUAUCCGAGCAUCCCCACCUUGCACCAAUCUAAAGUCCCUUAGAUACCAGAUCCGAGGCGAGCAGUCGAUACAGUUUCGCUUGGAGGCACGGAGAGAUCCUGUGGAUCCGCUCGGGUACUCGCAGGUCCUUUGUCGGUUGUUGAGCCAGAACCCGGGGUUGCGGUCCUUGACUCUCGGAGGUGAAUGGCUCAUGAAUGCCUGGGAUGUGGAGGAUGUUUAUGGGGUCUUGAAUUGCAUCCCAACUGCCGAGCUGGAGAGGCUGGAGAUUGCCUUUGAUGCACCAUGGAAUGAACGGUCUCGAAUCCUCACGGCCUUUGCUGGGGUUUCUGAUGAGCAGGACAUGGACCCCUUUGUCGCCCUGAAGGAACUCGUUAUUGCUGACUGCUUUGGUGGUCAGCUUGCAGAUCCUGGGUUCGAAAAGUGGUGCAUCAAGCGAUGUGCGAGUCUGGAGAGCAUUCGACUCAAGAACUGUGGGAUUCUUUCAUUGGAGAGCCUUGCGCGCUCGGUCUUUGUGUCGUGUCCCAGAUUGAACAGACUAGACUACAUCAGCGGCGGCGAGGAGGACGACUCGACCUUUGUGGCUGUGUUGAUGAUGAGCAGUGAGGGUUGGAAGGAAGUUCAACUCUGCGGGAUGCAGAAUAUGGGACCCAUGGCUACACGACAGCUUAUGAAUCAUGCGUCGACGUUGGAGGUGCUGAAGUGUGACGGAUGGGGAGGGCAAGACAGCGCAGAACUUUACCCAUUUUUGUGUAAUGCGAGGCGACUCUGUCGGCUGGAGGGCGUGCAGGAUGGAUCGGGACUGACUUAUAUCAGGGAACUGUUUCUCAAUGCGUAUAUGGCGGCUAUGGUAGUGAACGAGCCUUGGGCUCUUGGGGAGUCGAUGGAGUACUUUCAGAUGAGGAUCGAGAGCGUCCCACGGCCGGAUGUCGUCUGUCGUCGGAACGGAUCGCCAUUGGACGACGAAUCGGAUGGUACGCUUCCGGUGAACAUGAACAAACGCUAUGAUAUCCAAAGGUUCAUCUACACUCAACUGGGUCGCAUGACAGGAUUGAAUGAGCUCAACCUUGGAGUCCCCGACACCGUUUCCGCCCGGCAUUCCUGGCACGUUGUGGAAUUAGGAGAGUUGGAACCCUUUGAUGACCCCGGACACAACUUUGUGAGAGAGUUCAACUAUCGCAGCCUCGAGUUUUCGUUGGCUAGUGGUCUGGAUCUGCUGGCUGGAAUGAAGGAACUGGCGGUGCUGGACGUUCGUUGGACGGCACACCGGAUCGGUGUCGAGGAGCUAGAGUGGAUGCAUGCCAAUUGGCCCAAGUUGAUAAAGAUCAAGGGCCUUUUGUCGAGGAGAGAAUGGGCUGGCGAUGAUGAAGGCAGUAUGGCGGUCAGGACUGCAGUGAACGAGUGGAUCGCUGCCCAUCCUCAUGGCAUUGAAGUCAUCACCCUCAUCGCCUCUCACCUGAAUCAACAUGAUCUCGCGCAGUGUCUCCGCCUCUCUCACAAGUGGUCUGACUUUUUCACCCAACUACUCUGGCAAGACGUCCACGUCGACGCUCGGUUCCAUAAUUCCAUAUGGCUGGGCUACCUCCUCCACAACAAACACCGCAUCCGAGACCUCCAACUCUCUGACCCUCAGGGAACACACCUCUUGGCUCUUAGCCAACGAGGCGAAGGGUCGCUUCGGUCCCUGAGCGCAAGUUUCCAGGACGAGGCUACUUCCUUUCUGACGAGGAUGGAUACCCCAGGGCCGUGGACUACAGCCGACUAUUUGAGUGAGCAGGCGGCCAACUUUGGCAACACUCGGGCGCUGGAACUCAUUCUGACAAGGAACUGGAAUCUGAGGUCGCUGACGAUGGACGAGUCUUGCUUUCGGAACAUGGAUGGAGGUGACGCCUUCAGCACAAUUAUGGCUAUUUGUCCUAUUACCCGACUGGAACGUUUGGAGCUCCGGUUCGGACACAACCCUAAUCGACCAGAUCCUCCAGCGAAUGCGCAACAAGGACCCGACUCGUUUGUCAUGGCGGACGUUGUCGCUGCACUGGGGGAUCGGAGAGAACUUGGAGGUCUUUUUGGUUUCUUUAAUGUCUUGAAGGAGCUAGUCAUCUCUGGCGGACAUUGUCAUAUCGACUACCAUCGACUUGGUUUCCUUCUUCGGUGUCCCAAUCUGAAGUGGAUACGACUGGAGGACAUUGAUGCCAUUGCGGUUGCCUCCCUGUCAGUCGCCAUGGGACUAUCCUGUCCCAAGUUGUCUCAUCUGGACUGGAAAGGGCCGCCUGUAGGACAGGAUCGAGAUAUUGCGAUUUUGUUGUCAGCUAGUUCGUCGGGGUGGAAGGAGAUCUCGUUGCCGGAUCUGAAGAAUUUCGGGACCCAGUCAUUUGCAUCUCUGAUGAGGAGGGUAUCGACAACGUUGGAGGUUCUCAGGGUUGGAGAUUGGGGUCACACUGAAGAGGACGACUUUUUGGAGUUACUUUGCUCUGCUCGAAAUCUGCGACGAAUUCAAGGGUUAGAAGAUGGGGAAUUCUCAGGGCUUCAGAAGGAGUUCACUGUAUCGGCAUAUGGGGCGCUCUACGGAUAUACCCACGUCAAAAAGGCGGAUCAAUCCUGGGCGCUGGGGCCAUCCAUGGAUUUUUUACAGCUGCGAAUUGUAGAAGUCCCUCGAUCGGAUGUCGUCUACUAUCGGUUUGGAGAUUCAAUGGCUCACCCGGAAGACUUGCCAGAGGAUUCGGACGACUCCUUGCGGUUCAAGGUGCAGCGGUGGAUUUAUACUCAGCUAGGGAGACUGACAGGCCUUCAGGAGCUCAUCUUAGGCGUCAUGGAUCUGAAUCCUGAGGAGUUGUCUAAGAGAGGUUUCAGCAAAGACACGGAUCCGAGUUCGAUUGAGCUGGAGGAGGCGUUAUGUCAUGUGUACCCAACGUUCAAUUACCAUACCUUGGAGUUCUCGUUGGAAAGUGGUCUCGAGCUAUUGGCGGGGCUGAAGAAGUUGAAAGUGCUAGAUGUGAGAUUGACAGCCCACAGGAUCGGCGUCGAGGAGCUGGACUGGAUGCAUGUCAAUUGGCCUAGGUUGAAGACGAUCAGGGGUUUAGAUUCGAGGCGAGAAUGGGCUGGUGAGGCUGAGCCCAGGCUGACAGUUAAAGCUGCGGUCGAUGCGUGGAUGGCUGAUCACCCAGACGGGAUUGGGUGUUAUUAUGCAGGAACCAAGUAA